AUGAGGAUUUGUAAGGGAGCAUCAGACAGAAGUGGCCUUGUGGCUGUUAUCUUUUUCAUGUUGGGAAUGGGAACUCUGCUUCCAUGGAACUUCUUCAUAACUGCAAUGAAUUAUUUCACUGACCGUUUGAAAAAUGGUACAAGUUCUACACAGACCGACACUUACAUGUUUGGUAACAUGAGCGUGCUGUUAGCCCAGCUUCCCUUGCUGCUAUUCACGCUUCUCAACUCCUUUCUAUACCAGCAAGAAGAUGCGCAUUGCUGGCAGCAUGAUCUUCAUAUUAAUGUUUUUCCAGCAAUUACUAUAAAUACAAAACCUUCUGGCUUAUUUGAUGGGAAAGAUAACAUCUUCGUACCUGUGUGUUCAUUCAUUGUCUUCAAUGUGAUGGACUGGAUUGGCAGAAGUCUCACUUCUCGUCUUCAGUGGCCUUCAAUGAAGAGUCAUUCAUUCCCUUUUUUUGUGGUAUUACGGGUAGUUUUCAUUCCUGCCCUCAUGCUCUGCAACAUUCAGCCCCGCGUCUAUCUACCAGUCUUUUUCAAUCAUGACAUGGCUUAUAUCAUCAUCAUGUCUUUGUUUGCCAUGACGAAUGGAUAUUUUGCCUGCCUCUCCAUGAGCUAUGCUCCACAACUGGUGAGGCCUAAAGAUGCAGAGACAGCAGGGGCUCUGAUGACCUUCUUCCUGGCUUUGGGACUCUCUCUAGGUGCCGCUUUCUCUUUUGGCCUUAAAAUAAUUCUUUAG